AUGGACAUAGCAGCCCAGUUGGUCCCCAUCGAUAUGAAAAACCUGCUCCUUAUUUCAACCUUCAUCCUCUUCCUAAUCAAAGUAGUACUACCGCUUAGCAAAUCCAAAAAAAACCCCGGGUCGAACAAAAAACUGCCUCCGGGCCCGCCGGGGCUGCCCUUGAUCGGCCACCUCCACCACCUCGUUGGGCGGGGGCUGCCCCACCGCGCCCUCCACCACCUGUCCCUCAAGUACGGGCCGGUGGUGCACGUGCGCAUGGGGGAGAUGCCGAUGGUGGCGAUCUCGUCCCGGGACGCCACAAGGGAGGCCCUCCGGGACCGCGACCUGGCCCUUGGCGAUCGGCCCUCCACCAUGGGCAGCGAUAUCUUCUUCGCCAACGACAUCUUCUUCUGCCCGUACGGGGACUACUGGCGGCAGAUGCGCAAGAUCUGCACUGCCGAGCUCCUGAGCGCAAAGAACGUCAAGUCAUUCGAGCAUGUCCGGCUGGACGAGGGAUACCGAUUGGUCAGUUCUCUCAUGAGGAAAGAACAAGAAGAAGAAGAAGAAGCCGUUGAUCUGACCCACAGGAUCUUCGAGUUCACGAGUGCGUUUACGUACAGGGUGGUGUUUGGGGGAGUUGGUGUGAGGGACCGGGCAGCACUUGUGGCUAUGAUCAGGAAGGCGGUCACCAUGGCAGCCGGGUUCGAGCUGGCGGAUUUGUUCCCCUCGAUCAAGUUGCUACAUGCCCUGAGCUGGAACAGGGUUAAGUUGGUGAGGAUGAGGCGUAAAGUUGACGAGAUGCUUGACGAGAUGUUGAAGGAGCAUAGGAGGAAGGGAAGGAGUGGGGAAUUUGGUGGAGAGGACAUUGUGGAUGUUUUGCUUAGAAUGCAAAAGGAUGGGGGCCUCAACUUUCCCAUUACGGACGACAAUAUCAAGGGUGUCGUCUUUGAUAUGUUUGCUGCUGGAACCGAAACAUCGUCCACGGUUGCUGAUUGGGCAAUGGUGGAGCUUAUGAGAAACCCGGACGUGAUGGCGAAAGCACAAGCAGAAAUACGGAGCGCCUUCAUAGGGAAGAACAUGAUUGAGGAGAGUGAUCUGCAGGCACUAAAGUACUUAAAACUGGUGAUCAAGGAAACAUUCAGACUGCACCCUCAGGCACCAUUCGUCGUGAGAGCAUCCAGAGAGGAAUGCGAGAUUGGUGGCUACUCAAUUCCUGCAAAAACCAAAAUCCUGGUCAACACAUGGUCCGUAGGAAGGGAUCCCAAGUGUUGGGCCGAGCCCGAAAUCUUCCGACCCGAAAGGUUUGCUAACAGCUCAAUAGAUUUCUUGGGUAACGACUAUGAGUAUAUCCCGUUUGGGUCGGGUAGAAGGAUUUGCCCCGGUAUAAACUUCGGAUUGGCAAACGUUGAGCUCCCAUUGGCGCUCCUUUUGUAUCACUUCGAUUGGAGGUUGCCUAAAGGAACGGGUCCUCAAGAUAUGGAGAUGAUGGAAACCCAAGGAGUCACCGCCCCACGAAAACAACAUCUUUUCGUCGUUCCUGUGCCUGCCAUUGUCCCGGCCUUCGACUGA